GCUGGCAGCUACUUUUUGCGCUGCUCGCUGCUGCCGCUUCUGCUCGGCUAAGCCAAAUUAAACCUGGCCCAAACGGCCGGCCACUGUCCACCAGUUGGCCACUUUCGCGCGCGUUCCAGCCAAGUGCACUUUGCCAGCCGAAAGCCGAAACACUGCUGCAGUCUUUUUUGCCCGCGUCCCAUCCGAUCCGCGAAGAAUUCUGUCGCAAAGUGCAAUGCAUUUUCGCCAUUCCGCAAGUGCAGCUGCUCCCCCAGCUCGCGGUAUCACAAUUAAAAAGCGAGCGGAGUGAAGUCGCAAAUUGUUAUCACCACACGUCUUGGCCGGAAAAAAAAGGAAGCAAGCAAGCCCUCGGAAAGGGUCGAAAAUUGGUCAAGUGUCAAUACAUUCGAGGCCGUAAUAACGUGUUUUUGUGCGUUGCUGUAAGAUUAUUGUGAUCACGAUCACGAUCACGAUCACAAUCAGCUAAGUGAUUGCAAGUGAACGAAUUUUGAGGAGCUAAUUACGCGAAUUUAAAUUUAAAUGGAGCGUUCUGAAGAUCGCCCAAUGCUAAACUACACCAAAAAGUGAAUAAAUCUGUCAACGAAAACAAUAUCAGCAAUAAUUAAUUGACCAGUGAAAUAGAUUGCCUGGAGCCCCCAAGUGAAAUUUAAUUAGAAAAACGCUUCGCAGGACCGUCACUCGAAGGUGCUUAAAUGAUUAUGCAUGGUACCUGGUACAAGGGACCUCAGUUGGCGCAUCAUCCUCAUUCGAAUCCGCACAACAGCUCGCUCGGCCACAGUGACUACCACCAGUUCCGCUCGUACCCCUCGUUUGUUGUGACACCCUAUCACGAUGGCCAUGUCCAGGGCCCGGCCACGCCCACUCCCUGCCCGGCCCCGUCAACGCCCUGCAACGGUCCACUUCCAGUUCCAGUUCCAGUUUCAGUUUCGGUUCCCGUCUGCCAGGCCGGCGGCCAGGGGUCGCCAGUAAUCGUCGAGGGCUCCUUUGCCGCCGCAGCCGCCUCCUCCUCCACCACCGUCGGAGGAUCCAGCGCCACGCCCCUCCUGCCCAGUCCGCCCAUCAAGAUCGAGCAGGUCUUCGGCGAGCCUUCUUCCCUGGGAGCCGUCGUAGAGGACUACGCGCUGAGCCUGGACUGCCCCGUGGAGCACACGUUUCGGAAGCCGCACAGCAACAACAACGGCUACUCGUGGUCCAGCAGCAACAACAACGAGGUUGUCAGCAACAACAACCACCACCCAGCAACUCCACCCACUCCGCCCAGCGAAACCAGCGCCACCCAAGCGACUUCAGUGUCCGCAAUUAAUUUGAAUCAAGCCCAACCCGCAUCACAGGCGCGUCCAAACUUUGGCAGCUCCGUAAAGUCACCACCAACAGAAGCGGACGCGGUCACAGCCGCCACGUGCAAAAGUCAGGAGAGCUCCAGCUCGAAUCCGCCCCCCGGCCCCACCCACAACCCCGAUCCCAGUGCGGCUCAGACCGCCAGCUCGAACCCCACGGCCGCUGCCGUGGCCGCCGCUGCCGCCGCCGCCGCCGCCGCUGCCAACAUGCCGAUCGGCGGCGUCCAGGGCCAGAACCCCACCCAGGGCCUGGUCCACUGGAUGAGCGCCGUGAUGGCCGAGCACAUGACCGGCCAGACGCACCACGAUCCCACGGGCGCCGUGGGCAUGCACUACAUGUGGAACGGCAACGUUGACCAUGCCAAAGACAUAAGCGAUUACAAUCUUUGGCCGCCAACGCCGCGCAGUCAUCAGCAUGCCAGCGAGCAUCAUCCGAUGUCCCUGAAGCAGGAGUACGAGGCCAAAAUGAACGAUCACCACCACAACAGUCUGCAGAAAGGUCACUUUCUGGAUGACAAUCGUCUGGAGCACCAUGCGGUUACUGGACAAGGUGGCCUGGGUCUGGGUGCAUCCAACGGCACCCUCGGUGGCGGAGGCGGCGGUGGUGGCUCCGUGGGUGGCAGCUCCAGCCUGGGCGCCAGCUCGCACCACGCCGCCGCCGCCGCCCAUCAUCACAACCAGGCGGUGGCAGCUGCCUCGGCGGCCCUGCUGGUGGUGCCCCAGCCGAUCAAUGCCAGCAAAAUGGGCGGACCCGGCGGUGUUGCAUCGGGGGCCGGCGGACAUGCCGCGGGCGGUGGCAGCGGACGCAAGUAUCAGUGCAAAAUGUGCCCCCAGAUCUUCAGCUCGAAGGCGGACCUGCAGCUGCACACGCAGAUCCACAUGCGGGAGGCGAAGCCGUACAAGUGCACCCAGUGCUCGAAGGCCUUCGCCAACUCGUCGUAUCUGUCGCAGCACACGCGGAUCCACCUGGGCAUCAAGCCGUACCGCUGCGAGAUCUGCCAGCGGAAGUUCACGCAGCUCUCGCACCUGCAGCAGCAUAUCCGGACGCAUACGGGCGACAAGCCGUACAAGUGCCGGCAUCCCGGCUGCCAGAAGGCCUUCUCGCAGCUCUCCAACCUGCAGUCGCACUCGCGGUGCCACCAGACGGACAAGCCGUUCAAGUGCAACUCCUGCUACAAGUGCUUCUCGGACGAGCCCUCGCUGCUGGAGCACAUCCCCAAGCACAAGGAAUCGAAGCACCUGAAGACGCACAUCUGCCAGUACUGUGGCAAGUCCUACACGCAGGAGACCUACCUGACCAAGCACAUGCAAAAGCACGCGGAGCGGACGGACAAGCGGCCACCGAUUGCGCCGGGCAGUGCGGCGGCCCUUGCGGCGGCCGCCGCCGCCGCUGCCGGCGGAGCGGGCAUACCGGCCAACGGACCGCCGCCCACCAAUCCCAAUCCCCAGCACCAGCGCAACAGCCUGGGCCUGCCACCCGUUUCGAUUGCCCCCAGCGAUAAUGGCUACUGGCCGAAGGUGAGUCCGGACUCGGCCGCCGCAGCCAAUGCCAUGGAGGUGAUGCACCAGCAGCAGCAGCAACAGCAGCAGCAGCAGCAACAACAGCAACAGCAGCAGCAGCAACAGCAACAACAGCAACAGCAGCAGGCGCACCACCACCACACGCAGCACGGAGUCCCGCCUCAGCAACAUGUCCCGCCCCAGCAGCAGCAGCAGCAACAACAGCAACAGCAGCAGCAGCACCACCAUCCGCAGCAGCAGCCGCCCCCGCAGCACAGCAUGGAGGCCCACUACGCACAGCCGACGGCGCCCAAUGGUGCCCAGAGCAACGGACACGGACCGGAGUUGCAGCCCCACCACCGCAUGCCCGAUCCCGUGCGAGAGGAUAUAGUUUCGACUCCCAGUGUCGUGGGUCCCUAUGAUGCCGCAUCUAUAACGAAAACCACCAGCAACUCAGCCUUCACGCCGAUAAACUCGAUGCCGCCGCACCUGAACUCGCUGAGCCACCACCCGAUGGCCCAGCGACCCUAUCUCUACGAUGCCAUCAGCUUCCCGAACAAGAACGUCAACCAGAACAACGCCAACGCGUUCCCCAACCAGCUGAUCUCGCUGCACCAGAUCCGCAACUACGCCCACCAGCCGGCGGGUCUGAUGGCCGGCGAGCAUCUGCUGGGCGUGAGCGUGGGUCCUGGGAAGGACAAGGGGUAGCUGGGGGCCUACUUCUAAGUUCAUGCGGUUCAUCCUUUAGUUCUCCGAUCAGAGACGAGGCGUGCAUUCCUGUACAGUAUUAAUUUGUAGUUAGUCGUAGCGCGUAAAGGGCUUUUGUAACUUUGGUAGAUCUUAUUUCGAUUUAGUUAAGGGUGCUCCUGCGCACCUUAUAAGUAAAACUGUAAAUGGCCAACGAUACGUACUCUAAUUUGACCAACACCGUCCAUGCUUUUGUUUACGCAAUGUCUUGAAAUACGAACACAAGGAAAAGUAUAAAAACUCUGUCCAGCAAACGUUUCCCCAUCAAGUACUUGGUUUUCGUAGACCUCGUCUAUUGUCCCCUGUAAAUAUAAUUGAAAAUUAAUUUAUUUUUGAUGCACAAACGGAUCUCGCAGUCUUGAAUCAAUGGCAGAAGUCAAAAGCUGCAAACUAAGCCGACACUUGUACAUAUAUAUAUACAUCAACCUAAAGGAACUUACCGGCAAACGUAAUUUACACUUAAAUACAAAUCUUCUUAAAUAUAAUUGCUUAGGUGUAUCGUAUUAAAUACAGAUAUUUCUGAGAGAAUCUUCUUGAGAAACAAAACACAGAGAGCGAAAAAAAAUUUAAGUAAUCAAAUGUGUUUACAACUAUAGAUGAAACUAUGCGAUAGAUGAAAACUAUUUUAAAAGAACCUUUUCUAAGUAUAUGUUGGCAGUUGCAGAAACAGAAACAGAAGGAAGAAGACCUAACCGAACAGAGAUGUUGUAUUACGUUUUGGAAAGACUGAAGUGAUCAAAAUUAAUGAAAAAGAAAAGGAAAUUAAGAAAAAUCGAACAUUUUAAAGAGCGUUUUUACCGCAGUUACUAAGCAAACUGAAUGUGUCCUAAACAAUUUCGUACUAAAUGGCAGAAACUAAACCUAAACGUAAAUACGAGUAUGAAAACAUCAAAUGUAAUGUAUUAUUAAAUAAAGUAACCUUAAUUGUAAUCUUAAUCUUAAUCUAAAUCUAACCUAAAUUUAAACUAACCCAUAGUUAGUGUUUAACUCCAGAUUGCAAUCUCAAUGUAAAGACAAGCCCGAAGUGGAACACAAAACAAAAUACCUACAGUUAAGUGAAUAGCAAAAUGAACUCUGAACCACACACACACACGCAUUAAAUAGAAACAUUUGGGGAAUUCAGAUAGCUGAGCUAAAUGAUUAUUUGUUUUACCGUCUAACGAUUACAGAUGAGUACAGUACGAUUUCAAUGGCUAAGAUAUGCAAUUACAAAGAAUAGUUCUCGAUUGGACGACGAUCGCCGAAUAUGCAUACAUACUAAUAUAAUUGUCAAUAGUAGAUGUGUGUUCCUCAGUUGAUGUAAAUUGAUUUCCGAUUAACCACGAACUCAACCCGUAAUAAAGUGAAUUAAAUGUU